CAUAUCGUUCGGUGGAGGGAACGGGUUGUCCGAGAGGCUAGCGGCAAGCCUCGGCAGAGCAACCUGAAACGGAUAACGCCAAACUGUAGAAAACUAAUUUAUUACACAAUGUGUGCGGAAUGACUGAUCACAUUUCAGUCUGUAUUUAAUUGUUCCCAGAAACAAGUUUUCCUCCCAAGUCUUGAGACUGUUCGCUGGCUAGCGAAACGUAACGUAGUGGCAAAACUCAAACGAAACCAGCACGGUGCUUGUGAGCCGCCUAGCACAUAACAUUAGCCUGCAUAAUUCAGAGGAAGACGGGCUACAGAGAUGAAAGAGGAUCAUUUGAGGAACUGUUAUCGAUAAGAAUGUCUCCAUCAUAAUUUGUGAAGUCAUGUUCGUCGUGGAUUGCCUUUUGGACUCUGAAGUAUAACGUUAGCUAUCUUGUGAUUUCAAACUUUCAAACGUUUGCUAACUAGCUUACCUGACGUUACUGAAGGCCUUAGCUAGUGAGCUAGCUUGGCGUCGUCAAUCAGCCUGUGGACACAACAUUUCGGCGCGUGGUCUGUCAGGAGACAGCGACAGGAGUAGAGAAGAUGUCGGCUCAAGCGCAGAUGAGGGCAAUGCUGGACCAACUCAUGGGUACUGGAAGAGAUGGGGACAGCAUGCGCCAGAGGAUCAAGUUUACUGAUGAGAGGGUCUGCAAGAGUCACCUGCUAAAUUCAUGUCCUCAUGACAUACUUUCGGGCACUAGAAUGGACCUGGGAGAGUGUGAGAAGGUCCAUGACUUGGCCCUCAGGGCAGACUAUGAGAUUGCCUCUAAACAGAAGGAGUAUUUCUUUGAGCUGGAUGCAGCGGAACACCUGCAGUCAUUCAUAGCUGACUGUGACCGGCGGACAGAGCUUGCCAAGAAACGUCUUGCUGAGACGCAAGAGGAGAUCAGUGCUGAAGUUGCUGCAAAGGCGGAACGCGUGCAUGAGCUCAAUGAGGAGAUUGGGAAACUGCUGGCACGAGCUGAGCAGCUGGGUGGGGAAGGCAACGUGGAUGAGGCACAGCAGGUGUUGGAGAAGGUGGAGAAGACCAAAGCCAUGAAGAAGGAGGCUGAGGACAUUUACAGGAACUCCAUGCCAGCCUCAAGCUUCCAGCAGCAGAAACUGAGAGUUUGUGAGGUGUGCUCUGCCUACCUUGGUCUCCAUGACAAUGACCGACGCUUGGCUGACCACUUCGGUGGAAAGCUGCAUCUGGGAUUUAUUGAAAUACGUGAGAAGCUCGACAAGCUCAGGAAAACCGUCGCAGAGAAACAGGAACAAAUGAGGAUGAGAAGACGGGAGGAGCGAGACAAAGAGGAGCAACGAGAGAGGGAGUGGGAACGAGAGCGGGAGAGGGAGAGAGAAAGAGAGCGUGAGAGAGAGCGAGAGCGAGAGCUUGAGAGAGAACGAGACAGGCGGAGAACAAGAUCCAGAAGUGGGGACCGGUACAGAGAUGGAAGCAGUUCCUCCCGUCAUUCAAGACGUCACCAGUCGUCUCGGUCGCGUGAAGAUGGAGGAGGAGGAGGUGGAGGAGGAGGAGGAGAGAGGGAACGAGACAGAGACCGGGAGAGGAGGCACAGACACAGGCACAAGGAUAGACAACGCUCACGCUCACACUCCCACCCCCACUCCCACAAGGGCAAGAAGAAGAGGUCCUCUAGAGAGCGCUCACCACCCCCCCAGCGGGAGAGGGGCUUCUCUCCAAGCCAGGAGCUGGGCCGCGAGGAGAGGGGCCCGAGCGAGCUGCCCAACAGGGAGUCCGAGAGGAUGAUGAUGAUGGACGAAGAGUGGUCGGCCUCGCCGGACGUGCCCCGAGGGAGAGAGCACUCGCCGUCCCUGGAAGGAGAGAGGCGCUCCAGUUCAGAGGAGCGCGAGUCCGGGGAGCUCUAGAACAACAAACGGGGAGGGAAGAAUGGUUUACCGAGCCACUUAGAGCAUGUGUGCAGGGCUGUUGGAGGAUGUGUGUGUGUGUGUGUGUUUGCGUGCGUGCGUGCGUGUGUGUGUGUGUGUGUGAUUGAUAGGUGGAUGUUUGGAGUACAUUUACUACUAUGAAGUGUGGGUGGGAGCAGCUGACAGCGAGGUAAAAUGGGUUGUUAGAGGCAAAAGGAUGCGCCAGGGUGAGCUACAGUGCUAGGGAACAUGGAUGAGGAGGAAAAUUACCUCAGCAUUGGUAGACCAUCUCCUCUGAAGGGGUCACGGGGAUGAGUAAGCAGGAUGGCGGAAGAUAAGGAGGGGUUAAUGAAGAGAGGAAGGUGGAGAUCCUACCAAAGGCUUCAUUUUAGCUUCUUUUUUUUUUAAGCAAUCACUGUAAUGAACAUUGUUUAUGGAUAUUUGCUCCCUUGUCACUGCUUAAUUGCAUAACGGAUGGUUGUGUUUUAUGUACAAAAAAAAAAGUCUUUUUCCUACACAAUAUAUGUUUAAAAAGCUUUUUUUUUUUUUUUUUUUGGAUCGACUGACAGUUGUGUGUUGAACAGUCUCAUCCCCCAUGGUCAGACCUUAUUUCAUCUACGUACCAGUAAAAUAGAUUCUUCUUUAGAUAGCAGGAACAGAAGGAUCAUUAUGGUGGAAGGAUCAUUAUGGUGCAAUCUCAUGAUUUGGGCCUGGACAGGGAAGUGGCUCUGUCAGUGAUGAGUGAAAAAUAUUCCCCACAUAUGUAUGAUUCUUAUGUCAUAAAUUGUUUGGAUGUAAUUUGGUGUUAAAUGGACAUGAUCAGUUGUACAUGAUUCAUCGAAGAGUAUACGAACCCCUCGAGGAGACCAUUUGGUUUUUACCUUUCUUUUGAAUAAAACUUUUCUGCCUGAAGCAUACCGAGGAAUGAGAGUGCAUUGGCAUGCAGCUUUUAAGGUGAUGGGCUAUGUGGAUACCCCGGCUCCUUGUGCUGUUCACAACAAAUAAAGAUUUAUGCCUCUGA